AUGAACUUCACAAACUGCUCAUAUGCAUCUUGUCCAGGACAAACAAAAACAUUCACUGAAAGGACUGCCAUUGCUUUAGUCUUGUCCUUGAUUGCAAUUAUGGCAACUUUGUUCAACUUUGCUGUAAUAGCUGCUAUUUGUAUUACAAAGAAACUGCACCAACCUGCAAACUAUCUCAUAUGUUCCCUAGCUCUGACAGACCUCUUUGUCGCCAUUUUAGUAAUGCCUAUUAGUAUUAUGUACAUUACUACUGAGACCUGGCUUCUGGGUUAUAUUGUUUGUGAGGCAUGGCUGAGCUUGGAUAUGACAUUCUGCACAUGCUCAAUCCUCCAUCUGUGCGUGAUUGCCCUAGACAGAUACUGGGCCAUCACAGAUGCAAUAGAAUAUACUAGAAAAAGAACUGUGAAACGAGCACGAGUCAUGAUACUGGCUGUAUGGGCCAUUUCUGUUUCCAUAUCCAUGCCUCCCCUGUUUUGGAGGAGCCACAGUGUUAACAGUACAGGGGAGAAAUGCACUAUACAGCACGACCAUGUGAUCUACACCAUUUACUCAACAUUUGGAGCCUUCUAUGUUCCAUUGGCUUUAAUUCUUAUCCUUUACUACCGCAUCUACCACGCAGCCAAGAACCUUUACCAGAAGCGUGGCUCAAGCCGCCAUUUCAGUGGUCGCUAUAGCGACAGCCAAAUUUCCACCUACGUGAGCUGCAAACUGACACACACUUGUGUGUCCAAUCAACCCAGCUCUGAGCCCGCGCUGAAGUUUCACAAUGAUCGUGUGACAGUCAGGAUCUCGCCGCUCGAAAACGGGGUGGGGAGGAAGUGCGAGCGCCAGCAGAUCUCCAGCUCAAGGGAGCGGAAAGCAGCUCGCACUCUGGGACUUAUACUCGGGGUUUUCAUUAUCUGCUGGCUACCCUUCUUCAUCAAAGAGGUUCUUGUGGGUCUUCACCUUUGGGCUGCUUCUCCCCUGGUUGCUGAUUGUCUAACAUGGCUGGGCUAUGUCAAUUCUUUAAUUAACCCUCUCUUGUACACAAGUUUCAAUGAAGAUUUCAAGUUAGCCUUCCAGAAGCUUACAAGGUGCAGGAAGCACGGUUAG